CUCAGCCCGUGCACAAUGUUCUCGCUGCCCCGCGGCUUCGAGCCCCCAGCUCCCGAGGACUUGGGGCAGCGGAGUGCGGCGGAGCUGCGGGAGAGGUUGAGGCGCCAGGAGAGACUUUUGCGCAACGAAAAAUUCAUUUGCAAAUUGCCCGACAAAGGUAAAAAGAUCUCAGACACCAUCGCCAAACUGAAAGCUGCCAUUGCAGAACACGAAGAGGUUAGAGCAAGAAGUGAACUGUUUCAUCCUGUUAGUGUAGACUGUAAGCUAAGGCAACAAGCAGCCACAAGAGUCGAUACCGACGUAGACAAGGCCCAGAAUUCUGACCUGAUGCUUGAUACUUCAUCAUUAGUUCCUGACAAAUCAUUCAGAACAACCUCAGAAACACAAGGACCUGCACAUCUCACUCCCAGAGGCAACGAAGAGACUUUGGAGGCUGGCUGCACAGUGAACCCGGGUGCAGCUCCCGGCAGCAAAGCCAGGGCACCCUCAUCUGAAGUUAACGAACAUCUCCCCCAGCGCCCUGUUUCAAGUCAAGCGGAAGACAUUUCCAGCGGCAUUGACAGUCUGUUUCUCACUAAGUUGCAAAAGAUCACAAUUGCAGACCAGAGUGAGCCCGCAGAAGAAAACACCAGCACUGAGAACGUGCCAGGGCUCCAGAGAGAGACUCCUAAGAGGCCUCAUUACAUGGAAGUGCUAGAAAUGCGAGCCAAAAACCCAGUGCCCCCUCCUCAUAAGUUUAAGACCAAUGUAUUACCCACUCAACAGAGUGACUCACCAAGUCAUUGUCAGAGGGGUGAAUCUCCUUCUUCAGAAGAGCAGCGACGCAGGGCUAGGCAGCAUCUUGAUGACAUCACAGCAGCACGCCUCCUUCCGCUCCACCACCUACCUGCACAGCUGCUCUCCAUAGAAGAGUCACUGGCUCUGCAGAAAGAACAGAAGCAAAAUUACGAGGAGAUGCAGGCAAAGCUCGCAGCACAGAAACUAGCUGAGAGACUGAACAUUAAAAUGCAGAGCUACAAUCCAGAAGGGGAGUCUUCAGGGAGAUACCGAGAAGUGAGGGAUGAAGAUGAUGCCCAGUCCUCGGAUGAAUUCUGAAGAUGAGCACCAGGCGAACUCUGAACCUGACUGUUGAGCCACCAUUGCCUCAUAGCAAACUUCCUAACAAGUAUCAAGAUCAGUGUCAGACCUUGUUGAGGGACAACAGUUUUUAAAGUUACACAAAGGUAGCUACAAAUAAGAACCCAGCUUGUCUUUCCGAAGAUGAUCUUCAUGUGCUUGAACA